AAAAAGGGGAGUGGGAAAAGGUAGAGCAGGAGAUGUGAUGACAUUUCAGAGAUCUAUUGGUUCCAUCAAAGUAUAAGUACGCAGCCGGCACAGCCACUUUCAAUAGCUAACCCUUCCGAUCCAGGCUCGACGGCAGCAGUGCGACUGGUUCCUGUGUGUAACACGCCCCUCACCAGUCAUAAGUAUGACGACCUGGACGACAGCAGGCCUUCUGCUGGCCACUGCAACAGUUGUCUCUUCUUUUGCAAUUGGAAUUGGACCUGGCAUUGGACCUGGCUUUGGACCUGGCAUUGGACCUGGUAUUGGGCCCAUAGGACCAGGUCUUGUUCAUCACCUUGGUCACGGUUUCCCAGGUAUUAUUCCAGGCCCUCAUGGCAUUCACCCUCUGCCUUUGCCCCACGGCCUGCCAAAACAUGUACCUCAUGGCCUGCCUCUACCUUUGCCACACGGCUUUCCCUUCCCUGUGCCACACGGCUUCCCAGUGCCAGUGCUACAUGAAGUGCACGUGCCUGUGCCAGUGCCGAUUCCAGUGCAACAAGAAGUGCCAGUUCCGAUGCCAUUCCCUCACCAUGUGCCUUCUGAGCCUCUUCUUCAUCCUGGAAACAAGUUUGUUCCAGCAGGUGACUAUCAUGCAGUCAGCCCCUAUCUGGGAGGUGGAGGUGCAGGCGCAGGCGCAGGUGCAGGUGCAGGCGCAGGUGCAGGUGCCGGAGCAGGUGCAGGUGGAGGUGCAGGUGGAGGUGGAGGUGCUGGUGCAGGUGCAUGGGGAGGAUCUUCUAGUGCUUCUGCCUCAUCUUUGGCGUGGGCCGGUGCAGGAGGCUUGCGGCCAGAGUACCAUCAAUACCUUUCCGCCAAUGCUAGCAACAACUAUAUCAGAGGAGAAGAAGUUAACAGCAACAUUGUGGCUGGCAUAGGAAAUACAAUCGUGAACGAUUAUUAGAUUUGUAAUAAAAGGCUGCUACAAAAUACCAUUACAGACGAUUUCUAGGAAAGUGUUAUAUCAUCGAAAAAAAUACUGCACUCUCAAUUCCGUUGAACAUUGGCGUGGGAAGUGAUGGCACUCUUCGGAAGAUGGCUGGUGGUAGUGUUUCACCGGUCUGUAACAACAACGAUAAUGCUGGGAUGUCCGCUUCAUGUCAGAUUUGCACAGAGAAAUCUGGUUAACAAAAAAGCUAACGAUGGUAUUUCCAGAUAUGCUAACAACAUUGAUACAUCUGUAAGAACUGAGCGAACAAAAAUGAGAUUGGGGUGGGGGGAACAGGAUGGACCAUCGAACGUAUACCUGUUCACAUUUGAUGUACUUCUUCAGAAUAUGUUGAAAUAAAGAUGUUUUCACAUUUUGA